AUGGCUGGUGCUAUCUCCACUCUCCUCGUGGGAGUUCUCACUGCCGUAGGCAGAUCAGACCCAAGUUCACGGAGAGGACUAGGUCUCAAGAGCGCUCUUGCCGUUCCGUUGACUGUGGCUUCUCUUGCCGGGUUCUGGGAAUAUCAGGUGAUCAAAAAUGUCCCUGAGCCUUAUUUGGAUGAAGUAUUUCAUAUACCACAAGCUCAAGCAUACUGUAGAUGGAACUAUGGUACCUGGGAUCCAAAACUUACCACACCACCUGGAUUAUAUUGGUGGAGCCAUUUCUUGAGCAUAGUCUCUGGAUUCACAACAUGCAAUGUCCAUUUUCUUCGGACAACAAAUGUCAUUGCCCUCACAUCCAUUAUGAUGCUUGCUUGGAAAUGUCGAAAUCUCAUCAUUCGGGCUGGGGCUGAAAACCGCACAGAUGAAAGUCCUAAGUUGAUAUCCGCAGAUUCAUUACAUACAGCUGCAAAUAUUGCCUUAUUUCCUCCUCUGUUUUUCUUCUCGGGCUUGUAUUAUACGGAUGUGCUGUCUACUUGUGUAGUUCUAUACCUAUAUAAGCAAUUCCUUGAGCAAGCAGAAUCCAAGAAUCACAAAUCGUGGAAAAAUGUUGCAUGGUUUUACCUAUGUGGUAUAUUCGCUCUUUGUAUGAGGCAGACGAACAUCUUCUGGGCCGCCGUGUUUUUAGGGGGGAUGGAGGCUGUGAGAACAAUGAAAGGGACGUAUCUUCCUGCUGCUCCAUCCUUGAGACAUCACCACGCAUCAUCAAUGGUGGAGUAUCUGAAAGAAGUUGGUGAGCUUGUAAAAUCAGAGCAUCCACAUGAUCCACCUCUACAUGCUGCUGGUCUAGAAGAUUUCGUCCUCACACCCCUUUCAAUCAUCUGGAACGCUAUAACCCGCCUCCCGACCAUCCUCAUCCAAUUGAUUCCCCACAUCUCACUCCUCAUCACAUUUGGCGCUUUCGUCUUCAUCAACGGCGGUGUUGUGCUCGGCGAUAAAUCAAACCACGUCGCUACCAUUCACCUCUCACAACUCCUGUAUCUCUGGCCCUUCAUUGCAUUCUUCUCAUUCCCACUCCUCAUCCCGACUCUCUUCUCAUUUCUCCUGAACUCAAUCGACAAUAUUCUCCACCCAUCCAAAUUUCUCACCUCCUCGCUCAACACCCAGAUCCGGGCCCUCAUAACCUUCUCUCUCAUCCUCGCAUCUCUCCUCGGCUCCCUCGCAAUCAUAAAAUACAACACCAUCAUCCAUCCAUUCACCCUCGCCGACAAUCGUCACUACAUCUUCUACGUAUUCCGAUACAGCAUCCUCCGCCAUCCUCUCAUCCGCUACCUCCUCGCACCCAUCUACAUCUUCUGCUUCUUUCUAAUCUUCAAAACACUUUCUGGAUCUUCACCCGAAUACACAUCACCAACCAAGAAAGAAACCCCAAAAAAACCCCACAGCCCCUCAUCUCCUCCCACCCCAACCUCCUCCCCCCUCUCAACACUCUUCCUCCUCCUCCUCACCACCGCCCUCUCCCUCAUCACCGCCCCCCUCGUUGAACCCCGCUACUUCAUCCUCCCAUUCAUAUUCCUGCGUUUACAUUUGCCCACCCUCGCAAUUUCCGCCUCCCUCUCCCCCUCUCCCAAGAUCAAUAUCCGUUUAUACGCCGAGACGAUAUGGUAUCUAUUGAUCAAUGGGGUUACAGGGUAUAUAUUCUUGUAUCGGGGCUUUGAGUGGACGCAGGAACCGGGGAGAGUGCAGAGGUUUAUGUGGUAG